UUUUAUUUUACAAAUAGUAGUAUCAUUUCAUUUUUAGAAUAACUUCUCUUAAAAGUAUCAGAACUCUUUAAAAUAAGAACAUUACACAAAUUCAUAUCACCAUUAAAUAUUGAGCUAAGCUCGAUCCUGUAAGAAGCUUUCGAUUUUUCGAGAAAUUUGGCCAUAAUGUUGCUAUUAAUAGAAUAACAUAAAUUUAUGCACCAGUAAAUUGUAACCACGCCCCCCCCCCCAGGUCCGGGGUAUACCGGGGAUAGCCGGGGAAAUGGGCCGGGUUUUUACCUUUUAGGUGGCCCCGCAGUGCCGGGCGAAUGCGGUGGUUUUGUCGUCGCUUUAAAUAUAACGGGCAAUUGGCCUUACCUAGGGUCCCUGGGGUGCGGGGGCAUUUGGCGGGGAUUUUACCAUCAGUUCGUCCCCGCAGGGCGGGGAUUUUAGCCGGGGUUGGCUGGACCGAAAGUCAAAGUCCCCGCUAUUCCCCGGACCUGGGGGGCCGUGGUUACAAUUGACUGGUGCAUUACACCUUCAUUUUCUACGCCCUAGUCAUGUGUCAGUGGGGCUCAUAUCUCUUUAUAGAAUGGAAAUACUCGUUUUAAAACAAACUCGAAUGCCAUUAAUGUUUUUGUUUGUAUGGAGGUUUAAGGAGGUCUGUUGAAUUACAAGUAACGAUCUAUUUGUUUUAGUCUGCUGUCAGUGCGUGCAUUUGUACCGGACAGUUUAACUUCCACUUGUUGAUGUGACUCCCGUCGACAAAAAACAGUAGUUUAUUCAGUGUUUACAUUCGACACUUUUUGCCAAUGCCAUCACAGGCGUGCUACCUCGGUUAAAUAAAGUUGCGCUGUCGGUGAAUAUUCUUUAAAAUGGCUUCUCCUGUUUACUGGUUUGAACGGCAAAAAAAUCGCAAUUGGGUGAAACUAGCAGUUGGAUUGAUUAUUACCAAAAGUGGACUUGCAACAUUCGAAGAACAGACAGUGGAAACGUUGAAAAACGACCAAGACCCACUAGGAAGUUCACUUGUUCGCGAUAUUGGACGGAAAGUACGCAACGCAUCAAAAUUUGAAGUCUCUGACGUUGAGAUUAAACAAUGCUUUGAGAACAUGCGAGCUUUAUUCACUGCACCACAACACCUAGCUGUGAAUGCCUCUGCACAUGCUACCGUAGCUCAAUUGAACAAGUUGGAGACUGAACAAAUGCAGGUCAAACGCACGGACGUCAUGGAAGCCAUUAAUUUUAUAGAUGAACAACGCUUUAAAGAUGUCGAGAAUGAAGAAAGCAAAGCACUGCUCAUUUUUCAUUGUGCAGCCGAUAAAGCCCUUGCACGUGAAAUAGAGGUCGGACUUAAGUCCUUUGGAUGUUUUCCAAUAAUGAUGGAUAUAACGACUAUGGACAGGUUUGGUGUACAUGCCCUAAAUCAUUUAGUUGAUUCGUGUCGUAUUCUUGGUCUGGGUUUGUUUGUUUUCACGAAUGAAACCAGUGACCACUUUCGGAAAUAUGCCAAGAAAGUAAUAUAUGGACUGCCUCCUGACAUGUCAAGAUUGAUAAUACUGGUUCUUCAAUCUAUUACAAAAGAGGAGCUUGGGAUAGAUGAGUCGUUUACAGGGAAGAUAUUUGAAUAUCAAGACAAGAAUGAUUUCAACAUCAAGAGCAUUUCCCUUGCAAUAAACGGUGACGUAUCGGCAGUACUCAUAUUUCAUUGCUCAGCCGAUAAAGCCCUUGCACAUAAAAUAGAGGUCGGACUUAAGUCCUUUGGAUUUUUUCCAAUAAUGAUGGAUAUAACGACUAUGGACAGGUUUGGUGUACAUGAUCUAAAGCAUUUUGUUGAUUCGUGUCGUGUGUUCAGAUUCGGAUUGUUUAUUUUUACAAAAGAAACCAGUGACCAGUUUCAGAAAUAUGCCAACAAUGCAAUGGUUCAACUUCCCCGGGGUUUAAUAACACUGGUUCUUCAAAAUAUUACAAAAGAGGAGCUUGGAAUUAAUAGAGCGUUUCCCGGGAAGAUAUUUGAAUAUCAAGGCAAAAAUGGUGUCAACAUCCAGAACAUUUCCUCCGCACUUAAGGAAAAAAAGUCUCAAACCAUUUUUUCAUGGAUACAAGGCUUGUUCCCAUGGUCCAUGACUACACAUGUUGCGAAUAAAUACCUGUACACCAUAUAUGCAAAGUGCGAUUUCGAGCGCGUUAGAGUCGACACUGUUAUCAAGGAUGCAAUUGCAGGGGCAAGCGCAGUCGUCAUCGGAGGCAGUAUUGAUGGUGGUUACGAAUAUUCGCCACGAGUAUCUACUAUAUUCACACAAGCAGGAUUUAGGAAAAUUAUUCCAGAUGACGUUACGGCAAUUCAAUAUGAUCCUACAGUCAUUGGAACACUGUACAUCUGGAUCUACUACGUCGAUGAAAACAAUAUAUACCACUGGUUAUACUCGGGGCUAGGAAGGAAACCGGAUUACAGUGUCUUGGUUGGACCGGAUGGCAAAAUAAAUUAUACCAAACAUGGAGAAAUUUGGAUACAGGAAUAAGGGACUCGUACACAGAUUUUAUGUCGGCUACGAUUUCUAAUUAAACUGUGUUGAACAUA